CAACGCACCAAGAAAAUCACAAUACUUGAGCUAUUAAUUGUUAUUUGCAACUUUUGUAGUCCAAAAAAGAUACUCUAAUUAUCUGAAAUGGCAACUACUGGAUCUUUUUUUAUUUUAUUUUUUUUGGUACUAGCAACUACUCGAUCAACAUCCUCUGUCGCGGGAGAAAUGGUGACUGUUCUUAGCAUUGAUGGAGGUGGCAUUAAAGGCAUCAUCCCUGCUACUGUUCUUUCUUUUCUGGAAAGCCAACUCCAGGAAUUAGACAAUGAUGAAGAUGCAAGACUUGCAGAUUACUUCGAUGUGAUUGCAGGAACAAGUACAGGUGGCAUAUUGACCUCUAUGAUAAGUGCUACAAAUAAAAAGGGUCGUCCCUUCUCAGCUGCCAAAGAUAUUUUAUCCUUUUACUUCGAGCAUGGCCCUAAGAUUUUUUCACCUCGAUUUGGUUUCAAUUGGAGGGCUUGGUCUCCCAUUUUGGCCCCCAAAUAUGAUGGAAAAUAUCUUCACAAGGUUCUGCAAGAGAAGUUGGGGGAGACUCGUUUGCAUCAGACUUUAACAAAUGUUGUCAUUCCAACCUUUGACAUGAAGAAAUUUCAGCCAACAAUAUUCACUAAGUCGGAGGUACACAUUCUCAGCCUAUGUUGAUGUAACUGCGCUCGUUGAAUAUGAAAUACAACUGAAGUUUGUUUGCUGCCCUGGAAUUUCGAUUUGACAUCUUAUUAAGUCUAGAUAGCUCGAUUACUAUUUGAUUGAAUAUUCAUAGUUGUAUUAAUUGGACUGUAUAGCUGGACAGCUGAUGUUUAGAAUCAGCUGUAGAUCAAUUUCUUAAUAGCUGAAUACUGUGUAUGAAUUGUUAAAAAUAGACGUGCAUGAUUAUCA